AUUAUUCCUUGAUUGGCUGCUUUGACCUUUCCCUUCCCUUUCUUAAAGUCUCCUCCACAAAACCCUACUUGUCUAAUUCCCUCUUUAUCUCUCUCUCCCCCUUCUCGUUUUUGCAACAAUUUUUUUGUUUUGGUUUUUUAGGGGCUUUGCUUCGUUCUUCUAUUUAUUUGUCAAUUUUUUUUUAAAAUCUCCAGUUUUCCUUAAUUUUCGAACCUUUUCGAAUGUCAUAAUUGUGAAUUGGGAUUUCAAAAAUAAAGGGUAGUAAUUUUUUGUUAAUUAUUUCCAUGAUUUAAAUGAUUUUGGAGGUUUGCUAGAUUAAUUAUUAUUUUGAUGGUGGCAAGGAUGUUCUUGUUCUGAUAGUUUCAAAAAAACAAACUGUAUAACUAUAAAGUUUUCUGCUUUAUAAUUUUAAAAGGAAAAAAAAAAUGGAAUCAAGCAAUUUAAAGGAAGCAGAAGGGGCAAUGAAGGGAAAGAAAAGCAAUACCCAUCAAGAAGCAGAAACUGCCUCAACUGCUAAAGAAAAGAAAUUGGGCUCAAAAGAGGGCAGUGUGAGCAAUAAAGAACUGUACUUUAGAGCAGAUAAAAUAGAUUUCAAGAGCUGGGAUAUUCAGCUAGAGAAUCAUUUAAGCCGUGCUUGGUCAAGGGAUAGGGAAGUGCAACCAACAAGAAAGGAAGAGUGGGAGAUUGAUUUGGGAAAAUUGGAUAUAAGGCAUGUGAUUUCUUAUGGGACUUAUGGGACUGUGUAUAGAGGCAAUUAUGACGGCCAAGAUGUUGCUGUGAAGGUAUUGGACUGGGGAGAGGAUGGCAUUGCCACUGCUGCUGAAACUGCUGCUCUCCGGGCAUCAUUCAAGCAAGAGGUUGCUGUUUGGCAUAAGCUUGACCAUCCUAACGUUACGAAGUUUGUUGGAGCUUCAAUGGGAACUUCCAAUCUUAAGAUCCCUUCCAAAAGUUCUUCAAGUGAUAGCGUCAAUUCUCCUCCUGCUAGGGCAUGUUGUGUUGUUGUUGAGUACCUUCCAGGUGGGACGCUAAAGAAAUUUUUAAUCAGAAAUAGGAGAAAGAAACUUGCCUUUAAGAUUGUGAUUCAACUUGCUUUGGACUUAUCUAGGGGUUUGAGCUACCUGCACUCUAAAAAGAUUGUACAUCGUGAUGUUAAGACAGAAAAUAUGCUGUUAGAUGCUACUAGAACUUUGAAAAUUGCUGAUUUUGGCGUUGCUCGAGUUGAGGCUCAGAACCCAAGGGACAUGACUGGGGAAACUGGCACUCUUGGAUACAUGGCCCCUGAGGUCCUGGAUGGUAAGCCUUACAACAGGAAAUGCGAUGUAUACAGCUUUGGUAUAUGCUUGUGGGAAACCUAUUGCUGUGACAUGCCUUAUCCAGAUCUUAGUUUUGCAGAAGUUUCAUCUGCAGUUGUUCGACAGCAUUUGAGGCCAGAAAUUCCUAGAUGUUGCCCAAGUUCAUUGGCAAGUGUCAUGCGGAAAUGUUGGGAUGCAAAUUCAGAGAAGCGGCCUGAGAUGGACGAGGUAGUUAGGCUGCUCGAAGCAAUAGAUACAAGCAAAGGGGGUGGCAUGUUACCCGAAGAUCAAUCAACUGGCUGCUUGUGUUUUACCCCAGCUCGUGGUCCUUAACUCACCUUCGCCUUCCACCUUCCACCGGUCAUAUAUACUCAUAUGGUAUUGAAGCAAUUCACUAGAUCACAGUUUUCUCAAGCACAUGAACAAAGAACUUUAGAAGCAAGAGAAUUUCUGCUUCUAGUUGAUCAUUAAAUGUUUCAGUGUAUUAAAAGUUAGCUUUUUUAUCUCUGUAAUUAUUAUCUUGCACAGAAUUAUAAUAUUUGGAAAUGUUGGAGCUCCAUACUUAUUUUGUAUAUCAUUUCGUGAGAUAGUUGUGAUUCA